CAAUCUACAAUCUACACACACACACACCACGAAAACCAUGGCAAGACCAAUUAGCUUAUCGUCUUCUCUACUUCAAUCCUUCCUCCUUCUCUUUCUACUGCUAGUUGCCAGCCAACGUGGUGGGAUUUUCCGAUUGUGCGAGGCCGGAAAGCGACGGAUCCAUGUCACCGACGACCCGGACGACGUGGUGGACGAGGAGGAGGACAAAGCGUGGAAAGAAUACGAACCGGAGUUUGAUCCACCGCCGACGGACUUUUCAAAUAUGGACUUGUCGGAGAUUCAGGCCGAGAUUAUGAAGCGCCAAUUCGGUCCUGUUUUCGGAUUCGUCAAACUUCAACUUGGCGAUCGUCACAGUAAGGAUAUGUUAUCUGAGAUUGCCAUGAAAUGGACCAAAGUUGCAAGAACUGGAGCUAUUGAGGCAAAGUUUAUGGGUGUCGAUCUAAGCACAAUCAUGUUCAUUAUGGAAAAAGGUCAAGACUCCUUUCAGUUGAAAGAAUUUUUACUGAGCCAGCCAGAGGCAUAUGAGAUUAAGAUAGGAGACCAACUUUUUAGAAGUCCAGGAGAUCCUCCAUUUGAGGAAAUUUUUGAGAAGUUUCCAUAGUGAAAGGAACGAUGCAGAUAACACCAGCCCACAGAGGAUGACAUGUUGGUUUUUUUGUGAAGUCUAGUUUGUGUAUGUGAUCGGGAUGAUGACCCGACUCGAAAUAAUGUUGCGUAGUUUUUUAAUGAAAAAUUUUCUGAGGCUUGGGCCGAUAGGCCUAAGCUGUAGCGCUCAUGGACAAGCCUCGUGGGGGUUUGGGGGCA